CGCACUGCGGCUAGAACAUUGCAUUCAUUCGCUAAACGAACGUCGUGGUGAACGGUAGAGACACACUCGGUCACAAGCGGAGCUAUAACAAGCAAACGGUAUUUCACGUCUGACAGAAAGUAUUUCAAGCAGCAGCAGCUAGUUAUUAGACCAAGUGUAUGGAAGAAGAUUUCCAAUAAAAAAUCGUGUGAAAUACGUUGCGUUAAAUGAAAGUGAAUUUUAUUGAAAACUAAUUGACUUUAUCAAACACUUUUGGUGGAAUUUAUAAAAAAAUAAAAAUAUUGUGGAUUUAUACAAAAAAAUAUUUGUAUAAAAGUGAGAAAUAAAUACAAAAAAACUGAAAGUGAAAUUUGCAAAAUAACAAAUUUGACACAGAAGACAAAAAGUAACAACAAAUUGUGAUAAAUAUAUUGAGAAUUUGUGAUUUGUUUACAACAACAACCAAAAGUUAAAAAUAUGGUAACAGGAGUAGCUGGUCCAAAUAUGACAGCCAACGUUAUUGGAGCGCCGGUUGCAGCGCUGAAAGAUGCGGCACCAGUCAAAAGCGAUCGUCGGUCAAACAAGCCGAUUAUGGAAAAACGCCGACGCGCUCGCAUUAACAAUUGCCUAAACGAGCUGAAAACGCUGAUUCUGGACGCCACAAAGAAAGACCCUGCGCGUCACUCUAAAUUGGAAAAGGCUGAUAUUCUGGAGAAGACUGUCAAGCACUUGCAAGAAUUGCAACGCCAACAGUCCGCCAUGCAGCAAGCCGCCGAUCCCAAGGUCAUCAAUAAAUUCAAGGCCGGCUUUGCCGAUUGCGCCAACGAAGUGAGCCGUUUCCCCGGUUUGGAUGCGACUGUUAAGCGUCGUCUGCUGCAACAUCUCAGCAAUUGCAUUAACGGUGUUAAAUCCGAAUUGCAUCAACAUCAACGUCAAAUGGCCAGCGCCAACGCACAAAUGUUGCCCUCACCGCCCAGCUCACCCGAACAGGAUCAACAUCAUUUGCAACAACAACAGCAUGUUGCUGCUGCCGCCGGUCAUCCCUUCUUGUUGGGCACACAAUUGCAACACACAAUGAAUGGUUAUUUCCUACCCAAUGGCAUGCAAGUGAUACCCACCAAAUUGCCGAAUGGCAGCAUAGCACUUGUGCUACCACAACAACAACAACAUCACCUACAACAACAGCAAGUGGCGCAAGCGCAACAGCAGGUCGCACAGUUGCAGCAACAGCAACAACAAUUGAGCGCUGCACAAGCUGCCGCGCUAAUGGCAAUGCCCUCCCGCACCGCCUCCACCAGCUCAGCUUCCUCGCACAGCUCCUCGGUGUACGAGCGCACACUCUGCUCACCCGUCAGCAGCGUAGCGCAUUACGCGCCACCAAGCCCCGCCAAUUCGUAUGAGGCGAUGGAUUGCAAACCCUCAGUCAUACAGCAUGCACCCACACUAUCACAGCAACAACAACAGCAGCAACAAUUAAACCAACAACCACUCUCGUUGGUCAUCAAGAAGGACAUCAAAGUAGAGGAUGAGCAACCAUGGCGGCCCUGGUGAAGUGCCUUGCCAAAU